CUAAGAGCGUAGGCGCAGUGCGCGACCAAUCAAGUGGAGCUUCUUUCUGUGGUGCCCUUUAUGCCCGCUCUGUCAUUACAUACUCCGAUCACUGGUCCUCGGUACCCGAAGCUCAGCCUAUGAAACAGGAGGGGAAGUCUGCUCAUGUAUAAAAUGAGGCGGCUAGUGCAGCGUUUCUCACCCCCGCCCAAGGGCAUCCCACCGUCCUAGCUCUUGUCGCCUUUUCUGUAGCAGAGUUCCCUACUACUCAUGUUGGCUUCCUUGCUGCUAUCUUCGGUCCUUGUCGCGACGGGGGCCCUCGCUCAAACUACCGCGACCGCGUCACUGAUCGCUGAGCUCGAUGUGGCACCAGAUCAUGUGGACCGAGUCGCAGAUCUUCCUCAAGACUCAGAGUUUCUUUUCGACUUUUUCAACCCGCCGUCCUCUGGCGUCGUCCCAGGCGCAGCUGGCCACCUAGUCCUUGCAUCCGUCUCUGAUUUCCCUGCUCUAGUAGGAAAUGGGAUCGCCUUGCUCGCCGGCUUCCUGGGGCCUUGUGGCAUGAACACGCCUCAUACACACCCUCGUGCAGCUGAAUUCCUGUACCAAGUCAACGGGUCGAUACAGAAUGGCAUGCUCACGGAGACGGGUUCUCGCUUCAUCAUCAACAACGUCACAGCUGGACAGGGGAUGAUUUUGCCUCAGGGCUCGAUUCACUUCCAGUUCAACGAUAACUGCGAGCCCGUACAGUUUGUUUCGGCUCUGAACUCUGAAGAUCCUGGUACUCUGCUAGCUGCCCAGAGCCUCUUCGGCUUGCCUCCGUCAAUCGUCGCGGCAUCCCUCGGCGAGAUUGGUGUGGAAGAAGUCGGAUGGCUGGCAGAGAAGAUCCCAGACGACGUCGCAUUCGGCUCUCAAGAAUGCCUAACGCGCUGCGGGAUCUCCGUCGGCGUCCAGCCCACCGCCGAGCAAGUCCCCCGCGUAUCCGGGAACGCCCUGCCCACCGGCAGCGGCACCCCCAGCAACACCUGGCAAGCUCGGGCCACAUCGACCGUGACGAACUUCAGCCGGUCACUCAUCGGUGAUCUCGCGACGGACUACGCGUCCACGCACGCGUCGAUGCGCCCGGUGACGAUUGCCCUGAUCGCAGUCGUCGGCGUCAUGGGCUUGGGAUACGUCGUCCUGGCUGCGCUGUUCUUCACGAGGCGUGGCCGCAAGGAUGGCAAGGACCGCUCGUACGUCCGCCCGGAUAUGGCUGGGCGCACUCUGGUGCCUACCACGGAAAAGUUGGAUUUGGCUUCUGAGCCGUACGACCCGGUUCACGUCUCCCUAGGUGCUCGUGCGGAUGCGUGAGUAUCUCACGACAUGUCAUUAACGGCGAUAGAUUGCUACUGUAUAUGAUAACGCCUCUUGCGUUGGACUGCUUGACCGAUGUAUCGUAGCCAACUUGUAUCUAGCCGGACAAUUAAUAGCAUCCGGUGUACGAUAUCCCUCAGCGCGUGAAAU